AUGAUUGGACCUAUGAGGCAGAUUCGGAUCAACAAGCACUCGUUGUUGACGGCUGCUUGUCUUUUCGGCGCAACUUUUGCUCAAGCAAGCAAUAUUUUCGAGCGAGCAACAUGUCCAGAGUCGAGUUAUGUACAAUGUACGAACACGGGGCUACCUUCAGACUUUUGUUGUCCUUCUACCUCGACUUGUAUAUCUUUGGCACAAAAUACCACCUUAUUAUGCUGUCCUAGUGGGAGCGAUUGCAGCACUAUUCAACCUAUUACUUGCGAUGUAACUCAGCAGAAUAUCACUGCACAUCCUGAAAAUACACUCAAAACUACAGCUUUGAAAGAAACUUUGGAAAAAUGUGGCAGCAAUUGCUGUCCAUUUGGAUACACUUGCGUGAAUGGCAACUGCAACAUGAAUGCCGAUCAAGCGGAGUCCGUCCCGGGUCAACAACAGAGUUCUGCGGUGAGCAGUGUAACAUCAUCUAUAGCCACGAGCUCAAGCACAAAAGCAACCUCUACAGCAAAUACCCCAUCAUCCACUAUUACCCCUUUGUCUACCUCAGCGACAUCUUCAACCAGCACACCUAUCACUAUCAUCCCAAAGACAUCCGAAAAAUUUCCCAUCGAUGCAAUCCUCGUGGGUUUCUUUCCCGGCCUCGCUCUAGGGGUCCUCCUCGCCCUCCUCGGCGUAUGCUGCAUCGGCCGCCGCAAAGCAUCCCACCGCAAAAGCGGCUCUUCAUUCGGAAACAUAUCCGACCCCGUCCCCACCAGCGAUGUCCGCACCGAUUUCCUGCGUAAAAUGCCUCAGACCCCCUCAACAUUCGCAAGCGGAACCCCUCGAAGACAAAAAACCAUCACACGUGUUCGAUCACUAUUCCGCAAAUCCACCGCCACCGGAAUGACUAACAGUCCACGCAUGCCAUAUCAAAAUAGUCCGCCCCCGGCACCACCCAUCCCACUAAACAUCCAGAGACAAAAACCAACAGUCGUAUCCGGAGACCGACCCGUUACCCCGCCAUUGCAGCGCGAACCGAGUUAUGAGGAUAUAAAUAUCUUCACCGAUGCCGAUACCGCGAGUUCUUUUCGAGAACAACAACAACUGCAACACCAACAGCAUAAACAGAAUAUAAAUCAACUAGGGGUUCCACCCGCAUUUUUGGGACAGGAAAGAGGGAAUCGUCAGACGACUUUUACGGAUAUGAUGGAGAGGAGUGGGUUGGCGGGGUUGCAGAAGGGUCAACGUACGUAUCAGCUUCUUCACGAUAAUUUGUCAAAACAAGAGGAGUGGAAAGAUAGGGAUGAGUAG